AUGGCACCUCAAGAGCUGAAAGGCAUUCUCGUCGCUCUCAUCACUCCAUUUACCGACGAUGGCACCAAAGUCCAUGAGGGGCGCCUUGAGCAACACAUCAAUCGCAUGAUCGAUGCUGGCGUACACGGUCUCGUCCCUGGAGGCACAACAGGCGAAUUCACAGCCAUGACACUGGAUGAGAGGAAACAGGUCACGGAACUGUGUGUCAAAUAUUCGGCAGGCCGUGUUCCUGUCGUUGCAGGUGCAGGAGCACUUUCCACCAAAGACUGCAUCGAACUUGCCGUGCACGCCGCCAAAGUCGGUGCGGCAGCUACCAUGAUCGUCCCUCCUUUCUACGACCCUGUCAACUACGAGCAGUUCCGCGAACUCUGCAAGGAGAUCUACGAAGAAUCCAAGAUCCCUAUCGUCUACUACAACAUCCCUUCUGCGAGCGGCCUCACGCUAUCACCAUCUGAAAUGGCCUCUUUGAAGGACGUUGGUGUACACUACCUGAAAGAUACAUCUGGAAAUGCGCCCGCGCUCACAGAGCUACUCUUCGAGCUCGAUGACCAGAUUACUGCCUUCAAUGGAUGGGACACUCUCACAUUCUACGGCCUUGCUGCCGGUGCGAAGGGCUCAGUAUGGGGCGCGACCAACGUCAUCCCCGAGCUAUCUGUCGAGCUCUGGAACGCUGUUGCCGUCGAGAAUGACAUUGUAAAGGGCCGCGAAUUGUGGAGGAAGAUAUUCCCCGUGUGCAAGUUUCUGGAGUCGUACAACUACCCGUCUGCGAUCAAGACAGGUAUGGAGCUGCGAGGAUGGGAAACUGGGGGUUUGAGGAAGCCUUUCAAGCUACUGGGGCAGAAGCAGACAGACGAGCUUGCGCAGAUAAUCAAAGCUUCAGGUUCGCAGGUCCAGAAAGCCCAAUGGCUGUCAAAUGGCGCUUAG